AUGGAUAGAGUCAAAUUACUAAGUUGGAACUGUAGAGGCAUUAAUAAUGCCGUAUCUAGAAAGAAAGUGAGAGAAUUACUCAGUGCAACUCAAGCAGAUAUUCUCUGCUUACAAGAGACUAAGUGUGAGGAUUGGACAACAGCCCUACAAGAUUCUAUCUGGGACAACAAAUUCCAUGAUUGGAUUACCGUAAAAUCUGAAGGUUUGUCGGGAGGUGUAGCUCUCUCAUGGGACUCUACCUUGAUUAGUUGCCAAGAUUACUCUUGUGAACAAAACUGGAUUUGGUUCAAAGGAGUUUAUCGUUCACAAUUGUUCUCUUGUAUCAAUCUUUACAUGCCUCAUAAGAAAAGGGUAAGAUUGAAAGUAUGGCAAGACUUAUCCAAUAUCAUGAAUAUAUGCAACACUGUACCAACAUGCAUAAUUGGAGAUUUUAACUGUAUUCUUAGCCCAGAUGACAGAAUCAAUUGUCAUUAUAGAGAAUCAGAUACAGAUGAAUUGAAAGCCUUCUUAGAUAACACAAAUAUGUGGGACGUCCCCAUGAUUAAGGGCGAAUUCACCUGGUUUGGCCCUCAAGGCAGAUGCAGUCGCUUGGACAGGGCGCUAAUCUGUUCUCUUUGGAGAGAAUCUGGAACUUGGUCAUUGGAAUCGAAAGGUAGAAAGUCUUCAGAUCAUGCAGCCAUCUUGUUAAGUCAAUCUUCAAUUAAUUGGGGAAGCAAACCGUAUAAAGUUUAUAAUGUUUGGCUCGAUAGAGAAGACUUCACAAAUUUUAUCUUCUCGCAUUGGGAUCUGUUGAACAAUUCCAAUCUCUCCUUACAUGGUAAGCUUAGAUCCCUUAGGCUAUCUAUCAAAGAAUGGUUCCAGGUUAAUGGUAACUCUGCUAGCUCUAUCAAGUCUCUCGAGGCAAAACGAGAUGCUUUAGCGCCUAUAGUAGGAGAGGAGGAAGAGAAGAAGAAAAUCUCUCAUCUCUUGCAAGAAGCAUAUAUGGAAGAGCUUCAAAUGCUCAAACAGAAAGCGAAAAUUAAUUGGGACUUAAAAGGAGAUUGUAAUUCCAGAUAUUUCCACCAAAUAGUGCAAUAUCGGAUUAAGAGAAAUCUAGGCAGGUUUCCUCCUGGCCUAAACUCAUCGUUCAUCUGUCUUAUCCCCAAAAAAGAGCACCCUCAGGCCCCAACAGACUUUCGUCCAAUUAGUUUAAUCAAUUGUUCCUUGAAAAUUCUUUUAAAAACUCUUUCCUCAAGACUUAGUAAGUGUCUUCCAGAUUUGAUUUCAAAUGUUCAAGCAGGAUUUGUUAGAAAUAGGCAUAUGAUGGACAGCUAUCUCAUAGUGGAAGAAGUAGUUCACAGCAUCAGAACAAAAAGAACAGAUGGCUUCAUUCUUAAAUUGGAUUUCGAAAAGGCUUUCGAUUCAGUCAAUUGGCAUUUUCUCUUCUCUUUGAUGGAUUCGUUUGGUUUUGGGGACAGAUGGAAAAUGUGGAUCAAGACAAUAUUGGAAAGCACUCGAAUGUCAGUUCUGAUUAACGGGAGCCCAACCAAAGAAUUUGGUAUGUCCAGAGGGCUGCGUCAAGGAGAUCCGUUAUCUCCUCUUCUAUUCAACCUGGUUGGAGAAUUCCUUCACCUUCUGUUAGUAAAAGCUCAAGACCUGGGCUUCUUUAAAGGUCUACAGCUGGGAAACGGUCCUCUCAUAUCUCAUGUGCAAUACGCAGAUGACACUGUUCUCAUUUUUGAGAGAUCAUUAAUAUCUGAUAAAGGUAUCAAAAUAAUAUUACUAUUGUUUCGGAUGUUGACAGGGCUUAAGAUCAACUUCCACAAGAGUACUCUAUAUUCCCUCAACCCAUCUAAUGAGACAGCAGUUAGAUGUGCAGAACUUCUAGGUUGUAAAUGCAGUUCAUGGCCCUUUACAUAUGUUGGCUAUCAAGUUGGUUCCUCUUCAAAUCGCAAGUCAUUCUGGAAACCUAUUCUUACCAAGGUCAAAACUAGACUAAGUCUAUGGAAAGCUCAUGUUCUAAAUAAAGCAGGGAGGACAGUGCUAAUUAAGUCAGUACUGAAUUCCCUCCCUACACACUGGCUCAGUUCUCUUAAAGCUCCAAAGGGGGUGCUGUCAUCCAUUGAUCAGAUUCGUCGUAGGUUUUUCUGGAAGGAGCUUGAUUCUUCUGAUAAUCCUGUCAAGAAAAUGCACAUGAUUAAAUGGUCAACAAUUUGUGCUUCCAAACCCAAUGGAGGGCUGGGAUUAGGUUCUCUAAUACGGAAAAAUGAUGCACUCUUGUCAAAGUGGUGGUGGAAAUUUCAAAAGGAUAAGGAUAGUCUGUGGAGACAAGUGUUAAUAGGCAAAUAUGGACCCGAUUGUCUUAACCUUUUGAGGCGAUCUGAGCAACAGCACCUUUACAGAUCAAUGUCCAAUAUCAUGAAGAGCAUAGUUAAUAUUUCCGAGGCUUGCUAUACCAACUGCUGUUCUCCAUACAACUUUGUAUGGUGUGUUGGAAAUGGCAGACAAAUAGAUUUCUGGUUAGAUAAUUGGCACAGCUCAGGUAUUCUGAGAGAUCAGUUUCCUUUAUUGUUCCUCAAAGUGAAAGAUCAAAGCAUUUCAAUCAGUAACAUGAAAAUAGCAUGGAGAACAGGAAAUUGGAAUAGCUUGUGGAGAAUCAUGCCUACGGUUGAAAAUGCGUUAGAUCUCAACACACUCUCUGACAUCAUAGCACAAUUGCAACUAACGGAGAAGCCAGAUGUUAUCAAGUGGAAGAAUAACAAUGGUAUCUUUUCGUCGGCAUUAGCAUAUUCACUCUCUGAUAUUUCCCACCAAACAAAUAACAGAUGGACUACUCUGUGGAGUAUUAAAAUCCCUCAUCGAAUUAGACUUUUUCUCUGGCAAAGUGAACAUCAAAGACUCCCCACUCUAGCCCUCCUGGAAAAGAGAUCAAUCAUUAGAGAUGCCACUUGCCAGUGGUGCUCACAGAGCGUAGAAACUCAAGAGCAUCUUUUCUUUGAUUGUCCUUUGGCAACUUUCAGCUGGAAUAUUGACAGACUAUCAGCAAGCUCACAGCGUACUGACAGGAUGCUUAUCGGAUAA